AUGACUACUGAUUAUGGGCAAGACGAAUCGGGUGAUACUGGGGUAUGCAUCGACCCUACGAUACUUGAGCCUAGCGAUGAUCACGUAGCACAAGUGUCUUUUUCUUGGCUGAAUGCAAUUCUUCUGAUUUUCUUUGGUAUCAGUUCAUGGGUCGCCAUCAACGGUCUUUGGAUGGAGCUACCCCUCUUGGUAUACGUACUUCCAGAAGGUUGGAAUCUUCCUGCCUAUCUCUCUAUCAUCAUACAGCUGGCCAACAUAGGUCCAUUGGUGUAUGUUCUGCUGAUCCAAAUUUGCCGCAACUUUGGCCGAGCACAGAGUGGUUACUGGUGCAUGCGCCUCAUUCAACCGCCAGAACGUCUGGCCAACUACACCAUUCUCACUGUUGGGCUCACAGCCUCGCUUCUCCUGACCCAAUUUUGGAAUGCAGUAGUGUUAAUGCCAGGCCUGCCUGUAAACGUUGCAAAUGGUGGAGGGCCAGCGAUACCAGAGGCGUUGUACGGACACAGUUUGGGCCUCUUUAUAUUGACCUUCGCACUAGGCAUGAUUGACUGUAUGUCCUCCGUCACCUUCCUUGCCUACCUUGCCAAUAUGCCCGCGGUGUAUGCAGGUGCUCUGCUCUUUGGAGAGACUGCUUCCGGUCUUUUACCUAGCCUCUAUGCCCUUGGCCAGGGAGUUACAACUGAGGCCGUCUGCGUGCCCUUCGUCAACGAGAACGGGACAGCAGAGUACCAUCCAGUGUAUUCGCCGCCGAACUUCGGGAUAUCCGUUUUUAUGGCUUUGAUAGCAGGUACUACAGGUCUCAGUCUUUUGGCUUUCGGGCUGCUCGACUGUUUGCCCACAGCACUCGGCCGUUCUAUAACGCUCUCGUAUCAGCGGCACCACUCCCUUCCACCAGCUUCCAAUGGCGAGGACGUCGGUGGCAGAUGCGAGGAUGCCACCAAGUCUAUAACCACGGCAUCAUCGAUGGAAAUGACCGUGGAACCUCGUGAUAUGACAGCAAAUGGUCUCUUUUGGGUCUGUUUCCUUUUAACGGGCUACGCCAGCUGCUUGACUAAUGGGUUGCUGCCCUCAUUGCAGUCCUUCUCCACUGCCGCUUACAGUACGCGAACGUUUCAUCUGGCCGUGACAUUGUCCGGCAUCACAGGACCCAUCAUGGCUGUUGCCGUCACUGCCUUCUAUGGCUACGAUCAACUUGGCCUUUGGAUACGCUACGUCCUUCGCCGAUUCUGCUUCUGUACUAGUAGCCGACCUCUCGUGGAGCAUUGGGAUUCUACCGAAUCCGACAAUCACCAAACACCCCGACAUCCAACAACAAAAAUGGCCUCUAUUGAAGGUGGUCAGUUGGCAUUAAUCCUAACAUUCCUCAGCGUUAUUGGCUCAUUAUUUGCUGGCUACAUUAUUUUUUUGGCCGCCACAUCUCCUUCUCCACCACAACUUGGAGGUGCCGGUUCUGCAUUCUCGGUUCUGUCGUGGAUUUUGAUGACAGCGGCGUUGAGCAUUCAGAAGACGUGGAUCACGUUGCAUCUGGUAAAGCAUGGCAGUCAACGAAAUCUGCGAACAUUGGGAAUUGCCAGCCAGAUUGGUUCAGUAAUGGGUGCUCUAGUAAGCUUCAUUCUCACUGCCAAAUUGAACGUCUUUGUUCCCAAAGUACCGUGUACAUAA